AUGCUUUUAACUAGUAUGGACAAAAUCCAUGUAUUGCGUAUUUUUCUUUUUGUCGGCCCACUUUUUUAUUGCUAACAACCUCGGCCUAUUAACAUAGUUUUAGAAAUAUUGUUUGGACUUGAUUUUCCGUCCACAAUGGCGUUGUGACAUCUGUCCUGCAGUAAGAUGGCACGCGAAGGACUAGGCCGGUACAUCUCCGUGUUAUUGCGUGGCGGUAAGCUGAAAUGGUUUCUGGUAUCUGUGGCCAUCUUCAACGUCUUUCUUCAGUCUUACUUCUACUACAUUCGCAGCAACACCGUCACAGGCGACGCCAAAAGUGCUGAGGCCCCAUCGGCAACUUUUAACUGGAGAGCAAUGCUGGAGAGACACCCAGAGCUCAUACGUGUGGAGAAGAAGCUGCAAGGCGCCCGAGAAUACAUCCAGGCGCACGGUACCAAAGACAUGAUGACGUCCGCGAUACCAUUACUGGUAUUCGGCUACCAGAGGGGAGGUUCGAGCUUUGCCGGCAAGAUCAUCUCCAAACACCCGGCCUCUUUCUACUGGUUUGAGCCGCUCAAGGGGCCUAUCAGAGAUCUGUACGGCGAGCCGAAACUGGGCGUGGAAACUCUGCCAAUUCAGUACAGUAUCUGGAGAAACGGAUCUAUCAGACAUAUCCCACAGUACGAGAGCGACGCGUUGACGGCCGAGAUCGCGCACGUCAUGAGGUGCGAGCUGUCCCAACUGAGCAUGAAGACUUUAGGACGCCAUGGGUACAUACAUGCCUCGGAAUCCCUGAAGAAUUAUAACCAGUGUUUCAACUACCAAGCGAGUGGCAUAAAACUUGCAAUCACCUGUGACGAACUGGAAACAGAAUUUUGUCCCAAUCUCUCCGCUGAGUAUACGACAAAAGAGGCGCAUCUCUGUCGACAAAAGUUGAACGAGGUUUUGCACAAUAAUGUCACUGGAACUGGGUACGAUUUGGACAGAUUGAACCGGUUGCGCAUGUGUACUGAGAAGCUUUGGACUAUCAUGAAGCAGUGCAUUCCGGAAGUUCAAUUCCGUUGCGACAGGAGUGUUAUUCGAGUUGCCAAGAUAAUUCGAACGAGUAUGGAGACAGUUGUAGACUUGUUGAUCAAGUAUCCUAGUAUUCUAGUCGUUCAUUUAUUGCGCGACCCCCGGGGAAUUCUUCGCUCCAGAUUAAGUUUAAAAUACAUGCGCUCGGAAAAACUUAGCGAAGAGGCGCGACAUCUGUGCACCUCAAUGUUAUAUGACAUUCGCAUCCGUCGACGCCUGGAGAAAAUGUUUACAAAGAACUUCCUCACGUUGCGUUAUGAAAAUAUGGCCGAAAACCCUGGCCAGGCGGCCAGGGAAAUCUAUGAGCUGAUGGCCGAAGAUAUGCCGCAAAAUAUGGAGGAGUCUUUGACGCAGAUGGUUCAAGCUGACGCCGAUAUUGGAGGAGCUUUCGGCCUGACCCGCGCCAACGGGUCCGCCACCGCUAACGCCUGGAAGGGCAUGAGCGUAUACGAGCUCAGGCUAAUUGACCUCGAGUGCAAGGAACUUUACGCAGAGGCUGGUUACACCGAGUCAUUCGUGUUGGACAAGAGCAAGGGGUUCAUCCGAAGGGAUAGUCCGCUUGAAUGAAGUUAAGACGGGUGGUUUUUGUGUCCACAAUUAGGCGAAGCGUCAAUGACACUGUCCUGACCUGCAUCUGAUGCUGAUUCAGUCUCCGCCUGUUAAAAGGAUAGGAACGUUUUACUAGCUAAAAGUAUGCCGACUUACCGGCGGUGAACGUCAAUCCUAAAGUCUACUCCUUUCUCCUCCUUUUACGCACAACGCCGAUACAUCGGCACGGCCACAUCAUUGUGUAGACCUCGCCCUGAGCUGGCUUCAGGGCUUUCACUCGGUAUACCUCCCUUCGGUAAUAAUAUGUACAGGAGGAGCACACAACUGGCCCUCAGUAUUCAUGGAUGGUGUAAAAUUUGACUGGUGAAAAGAGCACUUGUAUAAUAGGGAGUUUUCGCAAAGUUCCCGAAACGUCAACGCGAAUGCCUAUCCUAUUCUUCAACAUAGUUAUAAUGCAGGAGGUUAAUGGGAUGGGCGUUCACCUUGGCGUUGCGGGGAUUUGCUAAAACACCCUAUUAGCCAAAACGCCGACGAAACGUUCCUUUGCUAGUUGAGGAGCGCUAAUGACGAUAAUGACAUGAUAAUGACAAUGAUAAUAGCACGAUAAUAAUGACAAUGAUAAUGACAAUGAUAAUGACUGCAGUUUUGAUCAUUUACCUCGAACAGACGAUACGUCUCUUGUAAAUAAACUUUUUUAUUUAUAUGUUCAAACUAACAUGUACAAUUUAUGCAUUGGAUAUUAACACGAAGGUUAAGAUAUAUA